CAUAGCAUUCUGUCUUUUUCAUUUCUCUAAGUACAUGUGGUCGGAAAAAUUUUCUUGCUUUUAAAUUACGCAAAAUAAAGUGAAAAUUCGCGCGAAAAUAUGUUAACCAUCGCGAUAAAUCGUUUACCAAUUUAAUUUCAAUUCAAUUAAAUCGAUUUUAUUGAGUGGAAACGGUCAAUUUUGCAGUCUAUGUCGUUUCGCAUGUUUGAAUGACGGGAGAGAAAUUGCAACACGACGAAAAGAAAAAAAGCACCACCUCCACUCUCUACACAAUAUCGAAUUAUCUUCGUCGUCGCUUGCAAGUGAGAGAAAAAGAAAGCAUUUGUCCACCAUCAGACACAAAUUAUUGUUCAUAAUUUUUAAAGAAAAUAACCAAAAAAAGUGCAGUGUUUGCAAACAUUAGACAGAAAAAAAAGAAUAGAUUCAGCAAAGAAAAAAAAAGUAAUAGGUAUUCCCCCGCGGGAAGUUUUUCCCCACACAUAACCGUACACUCGUAAAAAAGAGAAAAAGCAACACAAAAGAAAAAAAAAAUGCCCGUGUCGGUAGUUUGUGAAUCGUCGACAGCGGCGAACGUAAAUGCCGCUCUGCGCGACUCCCUCGCCAAUUCGUCGUACGGCUCAUCGUCUGGCGGUGGAAAUAGCCAUCAUGACGAGAGUUUGCAAAAUAAAUUAGUGGCAUCGGCGAAACGUGUGCUUUUGACCAAAAUCGAAUACGAGGAGGUGAAUAACUACAAUCAAUCGGUCCUUGACACUUUAAAAUCCAAAUACAUUGUACUUAAGCCCUCGCCAACCCCACAGCAAUUAUCCUCGUCGUCUUCGUCGUCUGGCAAUGGUAAUUGCGGGAAAUUAAUACACACACCUGCAGCAACAACAACAACAAAUUCGUCGUCAUCAUCAUCGUCGUCUUCGAACCAAACAACUACAAAUAACAUGAAUGGAAAUGGCGACAACAAAGACUCGAAUCAAAGUUUAGCCAACAACCACCAUUCUUCUUCUUCGCUGGCGAAUUCUGGUGAUAAAUCACAAAGAAACAACACAAGUGAAUUACCACAACCGAAACGCAUACUCUUUCCCCGAGAAAAUGUACAAAUUGGUUGGAAGAGUUCUGGCCGCAAAUGGUACGUUGGAUCAGGCAUGUCCAACGUUGGCAAUAGUUGUUACUUAAAUUCAACACUUCAGGCGCUCUUCCAUGUACCGUCAAUUGCAAACUGGCUUACAUCCGACACCGCCCACAUGGAGCGUUGUGAAGAAGAAUUAGGCAUCCAAGGUGGCUGCAUCAUAUGUUGCAUGUCAAAAACACUUCUAUCAUCGCAAAGCCAACAAUCAUGCAUUCGACCGUAUUUGGUUUAUGGAAAACUUAAAACAAUUUGUAGACAUUUAACUGUGGGUCGACAAGAAGAUGCCCAUGAAUUCCUGCGUUAUUUGGUAGAAGCAAUGGAGAAAGCAUAUCUCAUGCGUUUCCGUCACUAUAAGGAUCUAGAUCAAUUUAGCAAGGAAACAACACCGCCAAAUCAAAUUUUAGGUGGUUAUUUGAAAUCAGCCGUAAGGUGCCUUGCGUGUGGUUAUGUAUCGACAACAUUCCAGCAUUUUGAGGAUCUUUUGUUGGAUAUUCGUAAAGCUGAUACAAUUGAUGAAGCUCUCGAGGGAUAUUUCUCAAGAGAACGACUUGAAGACAUGGGAUACAAGUGUGAAUCUUGUAAAAAGAAGGUUUCUGCAACAAAACAGUUUACACUUGAACGUGCUCCAAUUGCUCUUUGUAUUCAAUUAAAGCGCUUUUCGAUGCUCGGAACAAAAAUCAACAAACAAAUAACAAUUCGACCUCGUCUCGAUCUUUCGAGAUUUGCAUCGAAAAAGAAUGGCGAACAGCUGACAUACAAACUUGUUGCAAUGGUCACACAUUUAGGAGCCUCGCAAAAUUGUGGACAUUAUACUGCCAUUGGGCUAACUGAAUCAGGAACCUACUAUAGUUUUGAUGAUAGCUAUGUUCGACCAAUCUCAGUUCAAAGUGUAGUCAACACAAAUGCCUACAUAAUCUUUUAUGAAUUGGAAGCUGGCCAACAUAAUGGACACUCUUCGAAUAACAAAAUUCUUGCCUCACAAACUAACAAUGGCAAUCAUGAACAGUCAAAAGAAAACAAUCAAAAGAAUGGCAAUUCAAAUUACAACAAUGUUAGCAACACUGAAAAUCGUCAGAAUUUUUAUGGAUCCUCAGCAAACGCUCCAAAAUUAAUCAGCAAAUUAAACACCGAACAAAGAGUUAUUGGGCCGCAACUUCCAGAAUAUUACAAGAAUGGCAAUUCCAAUGGUUUCCCUGGCAAUGGCAACAAGCUAGUCAAUACGCCAAGCAAACUAAGCAAUCGGCCAAGCUCACUGCCCACAGGCAGCUCAAAGAUAAUGAUUCACUUUAAAAAUUCAGCGGCGGCAAUGAAUAAUGGAAGCAAUGCAACUGCCACAUCGUCGGUGAGUUCGUCAUCGGCGACAGUUGCAAGUUCUGCUACAAGUUCCACAGACAAAUUGAAGAUACUGCCAAGUGAAAGUGAUGAUGACGAUGAUGAUGACGAGAAAGUAACUACAACAAGCAAUGAAGUAAGUUCCACAACGACACUGCCUCACAUGCCCAAACUUGGAUUGGGAUCACCAGUGCAUUUAAAAGAGAAAUCGGCUGUCACAUCGACAGCUACAACUGCUGCUGUUGCAACUGCAAAUACUAUCAAGAGUCCUUUGAAGAGUCUUGUCCCCUAUGAAUCCGAAUCGGGGGAUACUUCUGCUGAUGAAGAAGGUGACACAAAACCAUCAUCGAAUAAUACAUGCAGCUCCAACGGAAGCGGAAAAUCUCCCAAGAAGAAAAAGAAGAAGAACGAGAUUGAUUUGUUGUUCAAAAGAAAAUCAAAUGGUGUUGGUAACUCGUCGUCAUCGCCUAAAAAAAUGAAAACUGCCUCAUCAAACGAUGCCGAUGCAUCGAGCACUCACCACGACUUUGAAGAUGAUUCUGUUGACUCGUGCGAUUUAAAGAAAGCCCAAUCGACUCCACCAUCGCCACCUGUUAUCAAAACAAAGACAGGCCUAUGGCAAGUCACUAAUGUUCGGCCAAGCAAUUCAAAUUCAACUCCAUCAACACCUGACAAAAAAUAUAGGAAUCCAUUUUCAGCAGUUCGAUCAGCAUCGCCAGUCAAUCAGAAGCCAGCACCGAAACAAUCUAAUUUUAUUUCAAAGCCUUCGAAUGGUUUCCAGCAAAAACCCACUGGUGAACGCAGUGAAGUAGUCAAUGAAUUGAUGAAGCAAUCACAUCGUGGUUAUGGAGCGCCGGUACUUAGCUGGAAUGGCAAUAAAACUGAGUUGGAAAAAGAGAUUACUGAAGAAGCUCGUUUACAACGCAAACGUGAAUGGGAAGAAGACGAUGAAAACGAAAUGGAUCGUGGCCGACAAAAGAAAGUCAAAGCUCCAAAACCACAAGUCGGCGUUCCCGGCUAUAAUCCAUUCCAAGAACAUCAAAGCCAACAAAACUUUCAUCAACGUCGUUGGAAACUUAUCAACAACGCAUCUAAUCAUCGCUAUCAAAACACAUCAUCAAAUGGUAACUUUCGUAAUGGCAAUAACAAUCGCAAGAUGAAUAAUUUCAAACGAUUUGGCAACAAAUUCCAUCAAAGAUCAUCCCAUCAUCAGCGCAGUAAUGGCAACUAUUUCCAUAGACGAGGUUCUUAACAAUGUUAAUAGUGAAUUACCGAAUAUGGUAGAUAAUAAUAGCCCCAACUACAAUUAUUCCAAAAGAUCGCAUUCUUUUGGACAAUUUUAAACAAAGUUCUUAGUUCAAUUUUUUUCUAUAAAUUUUAUUCAAAAUUCUUUUACUUUUAUUUUUACAAUUAAUCUUGACGGCGGCGUGCGACUGUGCUUCAGUAAAACAGCGCUCUGUCUUCUUUUCAAAUAUAUGGUUGUUAUGCAAAGAAGACUGCAUUUACAACCAACGCAAAUAGAAAAAAAGUUAGAAUUUUAUCAAAAAAUGCAAAGCAAAGCAAAUGUCCUUGCUUCUUGCAUUGACACCAAUUAGAACGAAUUGAUUAAACUACACCAAGUGUAGAACUCACUCUGACUCACAAGAAAAAAAAACAAAAACAUCCAUCCAUUCACAUUCAUCGUCGUAUAUUGUAUAUUAAUUAAUAACUAACCUUAUUCAUCAAGCAUGCAUAAAUUUAGGCAGACCAAUAAGCAAAAAUCAAAUUCAGUUUGUUACUAAGUUUGUGUAUAAAAAAAAAAACAACAACAACAAAAUGAAGAUACGCCUAACUUUGAAUACCUAUUUUCACUGCUAUAUUAUAUGCUUCUUAGGUUAUAAGUCUCUUAGCAAUUAGUAUAAUACAAUUAAUUAACUAUAUUAUUGUUUUUAUUUUUAGUUUUU